GUCUUUUCCACAUCUCUAGUUAUUAGAACCAAUAACAAAAAUUCUAGAGUGCAUUUGAGUUUAUUAGUUUGUAGUUAUAUAGCAAAAUGCUCGUCUAUUUCGAAUCACUGAAAUAAGGAAGUUGUCGUUGCACAUUGCCACGCCCCCAUCCAAACAUUAAACCCAUCCCCCGCCUCCGCCUUAAACCAGCGAACGAGAAGCAGAGAGGAAUAAAGAAGCAACAAAAACUACAACAUUAAGAAAACGAAAGAUUUCCGCAAGGAACCAGCAACAAAAACAACAAUUGCUUUGGUGAUUCUCGUAACGGCAAAAACAACAAGAGAAUAAAUCAAAGAAAAUUGUGCUCCCUGGUUGUAAGGAGUGUUUGUGAUUGUGUGUGCGGUGCGUGCAUUACAAUAAUUGCACAAAAGCCUAGACAAACGUGGGGCGGGGGGUGUCUGUACGGGAGUGUGAAAGAGCACGAUAUACCACGAGAGAGACAGUAGCACCACGACACGGCAACAACAAAGAGCUGUGAUUUUUUUUGCCCCCCGCCCCGUCUUAUACUUGCGUAUUUACCAAAUAAACGGGACAUAAGUCAUAACACCAAGAAAAACAAAAUCAACUAUCCAACCAGCAGCAAAAACAAAUCAUAUAAUUUAGAGUGAAUUCAAGAAGUUCGGGAGUCGCUAAUAAGCUGGCAGCGUAAGAGAGCGCAAUGGAUGUCCUGGAACUGCUGCGCGCCAGCGCCCAUGGCGGCUACAAUACUCUCUUCUCGGAAGCCUGGUGUCAAUACGUUUCCAACCAGAUCACAGCAACGAUGUACAUGUACUGCUCGCUGGGCCUGCUGGGGAUCCUCUUCCUGGCCUGGUUCAUGUACUUCAAGCGGAUGGCGCGCCUGCGCCAGCUGGACGAGCUGGCCCUCUCGCUGAGUGCGGUCACCUCCUCCUCCGGCGGCGAUCUGCGUGCCCUGCGCUUCCGGAAGCGGGACAAGAUGCUCUUCUACGGCCGGCGAAUGCUGCGCAAGAUGAAGAACGUCAGCGGUCAGAUGUACAGCAGCGGGAAGGGCUACAAGCGGCGAGCUGUGAUGCGAUUCGCCCGGCGGAUACUGCAGCUGAGGCGGGACAAUAUGCCGCUGGAGAUGCGGACGGUGGAGCCGCCGGCGGAGUAUCUGGAGGAGACCAUCGAGGGCAGCGACCGGGUGCCGCCCGAUGCGCUCUACAUGCUGCAGAGCAUCCGCAUCUUCGGGCACUUCGAGAAGCCCGUCUUCCUGCGCCUCUGCAAGCACACCCAGCUGCUGGAGCUGAUGGCCGGCGACUAUCUGUUCAAGAUCACCGAUCCCGACGACAGUGUCUACAUCGUCCAGUCGGGCAUGAUCAAUGUGUACAUCUCGAACGCCGACGGCAGCACGCUCUCCUUGAAGACGGUGCGCAAGGGCGAGUCGGUCACCUCGCUGCUCAGCUUCAUCGACGUCCUGUCGGGGAAUCCCAGCUACUACAAGACGGUCACCGCCAAGGCCAUCGAGAAAUCGGUGGUCAUUCGACUGCCCAUGCAGGCCUUCGACGAGGUGUUCCAGGACAAUCCGGACGUGAUGAUCCGCGUGAUCCAGGUGAUCAUGAUCCGCUUGCAGCGAGUGCUGUUCACCGCUCUGCGGAAUUACCUCGGACUGAACGCCGAACUGGUGCAGAACCACAUGCGCUACAAGAGCGUCUCCACGAUGGGCGGUCCGAUCAACUCGCAGUGCUCGCAGGCGUCGCGCCAUCCUCCGCCGGCCAACGGUCCGCCCACGGUGGUCACCCAGCUGAAUGCGGGAUCCUCCGGCGUGGCUGUCACCGUGACGCGACCGCCACCGUCGCCGUCGCGACACUCGCGCGAGGAGCACACGCUCUCCGAUCCGAAUCCCAAUCCGGAUGGCAGCCGCCCCGGCGCGAGCAGCCUGUUCAACGAGGUCAAUGCGGACGUGUUCCACCAGCAGCAGCACUCCGUGGGCAAUCUGUCGACGCGCAGGGGCUCCAUCACCCAGAUGUCGCCCGAUGGCCCGCAAUCGAUGUCCCAGGCACCCGGCGUGGUGCCCUCCAUUGACAUGCGCCUGGUGCAAUCCUCGGCGGUGGACAGCCUGCGCAAGGAGCUGGGCCUGCCCGAGGAGGACGCCCACAUCAUCGAGCCGUUCGUCGAGGUGCGCGAACUGGAGCCGAACGUCACUCUGAUCACCGAGGGCAAUGCGGACGAUGUCUGCGUGUGGUUCGUGAUGACCGGCACGCUGGCCGUCUUCCAGAGCAACCAGGACGCCUCGCGCGCCAAGCAGGACAAGAGCGACAUGCUCAUCCACUUUGUGCAUCCGGGCGAGAUCGUCGGCGGCUUGGCCAUGCUGACGGGCGAGGCCAGUGCGUACACGAUCCGGUCGAGGAACAACAGCAGGGUUGCCUUCAUCCGACGGGCGGCCAUCUACCAAAUCAUGCGACAGCGACCGCGCAUUGUUUUGGACCUGGGCAACGGAGUGGUGCGUCGCCUGUCGCCAUUGGUGCGGCAGUGCGACUACGCCCUGGAUUGGAUCUUCCUGGAGUCGGGAAGGGCGGUGUAUCGGCAGGACGAGAGCAGCGACAGCACCUACAUUGUGCUCAGCGGACGCAUGCGUUCGGUGAUCACGCAUCCCGGCGGCAAGAAGGAGAUCGUCGGCGAGUACGGCAAGGGGGAUCUCGUGGGCAUCGUCGAAAUGAUCACGGAGACGUCGCGCACCACGACGGUGAUGGCUGUGCGCGACUCGGAGCUGGCCAAGCUGCCCGAGGGCCUGUUCAAUGCCAUCAAGCUGCGCUACCCCAUCGUGGUGACCAAGCUGAUUAGCUUCCUCAGCCACCGCUUCCUCGGCUCGAUGCAGACGCGCUCGGGCAGCGGGGCGCCGGGCGCGCCCGUCGAGGCCAAUCCCGUCACGCACAAGUACUCCACGGUGGCCCUGGUGCCCAUCACCGACGAGGUGCCGCUGACGCCCUUCACCUACGAGCUCUACCACUCGCUCUGUGCCAUAGGACCCGUCCUCCGUCUGACCUCCGACGUGGUGCGCAAGCAGCUGGGACCGAACAUCUUCGAGGCGGCCAACGAGUACCGACUGACCUCGUGGCUGGCGCAGCAGGAGGACCGCAACAUCAUCACGCUCUACCAGUGCGACAGCUCGCUGAGCGCCUGGACGCAACGCUGCAUGCGGCAGGCGGACGUCAUCCUGAUCGUCGGACUGGGUGAUCGAUCCUAUCUGGUGGGGAAGUUCGAGCGCGAGAUCGACCGGCUGGCGAUGCGCACGCAGAAGGAGCUGGUCCUCCUCUAUCCGGAGACCACCAACGCCAGGCCGGCCAACACGCUCAGCUGGCUGAAUGCCCGGCCGUGGGUCACCAAGCACCACCACGUGCUCUGCGUCAAGCGCAUCUUCGCGCGCAAAAGUCAAUACCGCAUUAAUGAUCUCUACAGUCGCGUCCUGCUGUCCGAGCCGAACAUGCAUUCCGACUUCUCGCGUUUGGCCCGCUGGCUUACGGGCAACUCGAUUGGCCUUGUGCUGGGCGGCGGUGGAGCGCGCGGUGCCGCCCACAUUGGCAUGCUGAAGGCCAUCCAGGAGGCGGGCAUCCCCAUCGACAUGGUGGGCGGCGUGAGCAUCGGUGCCCUCAUGGGAGCACUCUGGUGCUCGGAGCGCAACAUCACAACGGUUACUCAAAAGGCGCGCGAGUGGUCAAAGAAAAUGACAAAAUGGUUCCUACAACUGCUUGACCUCACCUACCCGAUCACAUCGAUGUUCUCCGGACGGGAGUUCAACAAGACGAUCCACGACACCUUCGGGGAUGUGAGCAUCGAGGACCUGUGGAUACCCUACUUCACUCUCACCACCGAUAUCACCGCCAGUUGCCAUCGCAUUCACACCAAUGGAUCUCUGUGGCGUUACGUACGCUCCUCCAUGUCGCUCAGUGGCUACAUGCCACCGUUGUGCGAUCCUAAAGAUGGGCACCUCUUGCUGGAUGGCGGCUAUGUGAAUAAUCUGCCAGCCGAUGUGAUGCACAAUUUGGGAGCUGCUCACAUAAUCGCCAUCGACGUGGGAUCCCAGGAUGACACCGACCUCACGAACUAUGGCGAUGACCUGAGCGGUUGGUGGCUGCUCUACAAGAAGUGGAAUCCCUUCACGUCGCCGGUCAAGGUGCCCGACCUGCCGGACAUUCAGUCCCGUCUCGCCUACGUGUCCUGUGUGCGCCAGCUAGAGGAGGUGAAGAACUCCGACUAUUGCGAGUACAUACGACCGCCGAUCGACAAGUACAAGACCCUGGCCUUCGGCAGCUUCGACGAGAUCCGCGACGUGGGCUACGUGUUCGGGAAGAACUACUUCGAGAACAUGGCCAAGGCGGGUCGACUGGGCCGGUUCAAUCAGUGGUUCAACAAGGAGCCGCCCAAGCGGGGCAACCACGCCUCCCUCAACGAGUACACGUUCAUCGAUCUGGCGCAGAUCGUGUGCCGACUGCCGGAGACCUACGCGGUGAAUACGGCGGAGCUCUUCAGCGAGGACGAAGACUGUGAUGGCUACAUCUCGGAGCCGACAAAUACGGAUCGACGACGCAUCCAAGUGCCGCGUGCCGGCAACUCGUUGUCCUUCUCCGAGACCGAAAUGGACUCGGACGUGGAGAUCGACCUGAAGCUGGAGCGCAAGCUGGACAAGUCCACGCAGUCCUCGCCGCCGACGACAGGCAGAUCGAGUGGGCGUGGCCGGGAGACGCGCGAAGAGGCUAAGACCGAGGAUCGUCGUUCGGAUCGCGAUUGGCACUGGGGUGCGAAGCACAAGGAUGCGACUGACGGCGCGGCGGCUGCGACCACAAGCACUUCGCCCGCACAGCAGGAUCCCGAGCAGCAGAGCCAGCGGGAUCAGGGGGGAUCAGGGGCCGAGCAUCUGGGGGACAAGGACGAGGACAAGGAGAACAGGAGCAGCGCGAAUAACGAAACCAAAAACUAGCUAUGUAGACAGGAAAACCAAUCGAGGCGGGGCUAUCCACUCAACAGACUCAACAGCAGCCACAAGCUAAAAGGACGACGAGGUGCCUUCCGCUUGCCAGACGCCCAAAGGACCCCGCACUUCACCAACCAGGCAACCAAGCAACCAAGCAACUACUCAAUCAUCCAAUCUCCAACGAAACAAACUAAAUAGCAAUGACAAGGAAAUUUGUUAACCUCUAGGUUUUAUAGCAACCAAGACUUAGGCUUAGCUUAGCAUAUGGAACGAUCACCCAUCCCAAAACCAAUCCACAUUCGCCAAAACCCACACACACACCCCGCACACACUCACACACACAUUGUAAUGGAGGCACAAGAAGUCCACAAACUUUGUAUAUACAUAUAGUUAUAUAUUUUUACCGAAGCAACCGAUAUUGUAGCCACGAAACAGAGACUCCUUUGCAACGAGAGCCCCCAACAACCACAAAUCCCGCCCUCCCCAAGAAAAAAUGCCGCACACUUCUUUGUGUAGUCUCUCUAUUAUUUUGGGUGAGCAAGUCGUUUGUUAAACGGUCGGAUUUUUUUUGUAAAUGCAAGCAAAUAAAUUAAAACAAUUGAAAGUACAAAAAAA